UAAGUCCUGUCCGCUGGGAAUAAUAGGGCAAGCUGGUUGGGGAUGUACUGGAGACGUGCAUUGCAUUCAAGGAGAUGAGAUAUUGACCAACCGGGUUGGUGGCUUGCAUCAGCUGCGUGAUUACUGACCGGACAUCGAGGGUGAUUAUACUGUUGGCGACUAUUUCAAAGUUUUAGGUGAUUCUACUGUCAACAGGCCAGGCUUUGAAGGUAUUGAUCAGCAUCAUUACUGUUGUAUACAGAGAAGCUGCCCAUCCAGACCAAAGACAAUCAAUGUACAGUUGCAUGUGCUGGCUAUUUGAGGGAGUAUUUGACUGUGUGUUGAAUGUUACGCAGUGGAAAAAGGAAUACUAUUGGUGUAACACUUUUAAGUUGGCUAUUAAGAGUCGGUCAUCACUGCUGAGUGGCCACUGUGUGAAUCUCACGGACCAAGGAGUUAAUUUUGAGUGAUAUUGUUCACUGACCUUUACAAAAAGAUCGGCUAGUUUGUGAACUUGGACCUGUGAAUUUUGGUGCGUCCAGAUUGCAACUAAAAUUUUUGAAUUUUUGAAGGAUGUUUGUGAACAAAAGUUCAAGGGAAGACUAAUUAUAAAAGCAGGUGGUUUAAGGAUAACAAUUUGUCAUCAGUGAAAAACUGGGAGCACAGAGAGGAGAAUUCAGUGAGCAGUAUAAGCUGCAAAGUUUGCUGAAAAUAUCAUAUGAAAAAAUUUAGACACCACAUUAAAAGUGAGUGUCUGAGGGACGCACAACCUUGUCAUUAAUCCAUCGAAGAAACGGCGUGUGUUUCGCCCUUUUCACAUCCCAAAAUUUCACUAACCGAGCGCUUUCAUGAAAACUCUUCCAAAAUGAUGAACUAUCUGAAGCGUCGCUUUAGCUCAAGCGACAUCCAAGGAGAUUUGACUCGAGAAGAACAGGCGGCGGCAGCAGGAAUUAACUGGAACUUGAAAAAGGGACCCUCCCCAAGUGCACCGAGUUCCCCGUCAAAAGCUGGGGCUGGAUUAGCGCGGGGAAUAUUUUCUUCCAAUGCUUCCCCUUCCAGUAAACCUUACUACAAUAAGGACAGAUGUAAAACCCUUCUAGUUAUUGAUGACCAGCACACAGACUGGACAAAAUAUUUCCGUGGUAAGAAGAUAUUUGGAGACUGGGACGUGAGGGUAGAACAGGCUGAAUUUUCUGAGAUCAAUCUUGCCUCCUAUUCAGAUGCAGGCACUAUGGUCGAUAUGAGGGUGACGAGGAAUGGAACAAGAGUAGUUAGGUCUUUCAAACCAGACUUUGUAUUAAUACGACAGCAUGUUCGUGAUGCUAAUGAAGACUGGAGAAACCUGAUUAUAGGUCUUCACUACGGUGGGAUUCCCAGUGUCAACUCUCUACACUCACUGUACAACUUCCUAGACAAGCCAUGGGUGUUUGCCCAACUCAUCCAGUUGCAACGUCGCAUUGGCAAAGAACGUUUCCCUCUGAUUGACCAAGCAUACUACCCGAACCACCGGGAAAUGCUGGUGACCCCCAAAUUUCCUGUGGUAGUAAAAAUAGGACAUGCUCACCAAGGAGUAGGGAAAAUUAAAUGUGAAAAUCACUAUGACUACCAAGAUGUGGCUAGUGUGGUAGCUGUCACCAACUGUUACUCCACCACCGAGCCCUACAUAGAUGGCAAAUAUGACAUCCAUGUACAGAAAAUAGGAAAUAAUUACAAGGCAUACAUGAGGAAGUCUAUCUCAGGUAACUGGAAAGCCAACACAGGUUCAGCCAUGCUGGAACAGAUUGCCAUGAAUGACAAGUUCAAACUAUGGGUGGAUGAAUGCAGCCAGUUAUUUGGAGGUUUGGACAUCCUAGCCGUGGAAGGAAUUCAGGGCAAAGAUGGGAAAGAAUACAUAAUUGAGGUGAAUGAUUCUUCCAUGAACCUGCUUGGCGAGUCCCAAGAGGAGGAUAGAAAACUCAUUGCUGACCUAGUUCUCCAAAAGCUGCAAAUUCAUUGUCGGCCAGUGAACAAUUCUGUGCAUCGAACCCCCAGCACCAGUGCCCUCUAUCAUUAUGCUAUCAAUGGGAAACCUGACGUCAGCCCGCCAAAGCCUAGCCCAGCGCAAGUGCCACAAUCUCUGCAACAGCAACAACACCAGCAACAACAAUCCAUGCAACAACAGCAACAAAUGCAGCAACAGCAACAGAUGCAGCAACAACAUCAGCCAAGACCCCCACCUCCACAGCCACCCCAGGGACAGACACCCCACCCCCACCCCCAGGCCAUGGCCAACAACCAGAGACCCAAGAUGACAGAGGAAGAAGUCCUCAGAGAUUUGGAGGACACUGAUGACACCAUGAAGAAUCUAAGAAAAACCUUUGCUGGCAUAUUUGGAGAAAUGUAA